ACCUUGGGGCGGAAGUCUCAUUUACCAAACACAAAAAUUAACUUGGCGCGCAGCAGGACCUUCAAUUAGGGUUUAACCUUUCUUCCCCAAACACCAACACAAAACCAGUAGUAUUCAGAUAACGAUAAACCCUAAACCCUACAUCACAUCUCUAAUGGCAUGAAACCUUCAUUCUACACGCCCACCACUUCUCCGAUGUCAUUCACCACCGGAUUCCGCUUCUUCCGAUGCUACACUCAACUCUCAUUCCCGAUUUCCGCCGCACGGUUACCCAGACAACAGGGAUGCAGCGUCGCCACUCUCCGAUUCCUUUCAUCCACGUCACGCUCCCCCCGUCUGACGUCAGCGAACUCGAAGCGGCGAGAGAGUUCUUCGGAGAGUUCGGAUGACGGCGGAAAUGGGGGGUUACCGGCGGUCGUUAACGGCAGUGACGGUGAAGGAAGGAUUGUGGCGACGGAGCUUCAUAAAGAGGCUACGGAAGCUUAUAUGUCGUAUGCGAUGUCUGUGUUGCUUGGACGAGCUUUGCCGGAUGUUCGCGAUGGGUUGAAGCCGGUCCAUCGAAGAAUAUUAUACGCAUUGCAUGAAUUGGGCCUUUCUUCACGUAAACCUCAUAAGAAAUGCGCUAGAGUUGUUGGAGAGGUCCUAGGUAAGUUUCAUCCACAUGGUGAUAACGCUGUAUACGAUUCGCUGGUCCGAAUGGCGCAGGAUUUUUCAUUGCGAAGCCCUCUUGUUAGUGGUCACGGGAAUUUUGGUUCGCUGGAUGGAGAUAACCCCGCAGCAAUGCGGUAUACCGAAUGCCGAUUAGAAGCACUUACCGAAACAAUGCUUCUAUCAGAUUUGGAUAUGGAUACAGUUGAUUUUGUUCCGAACUUCGACAACUCUUUAAAAGAACCAUCACUGCUUCCUGCUCGCAUCCCAAACUUACUGUUGAAUGGUUCUUCAGGGAUUGCGGUUGGAAUGGCUACCAAUAUUCCGCCACAUAAUCUCGGGGAGUUGGUUGAUGCUUUAUCUGUCUUAAUUCAUAACCCAGAUGCCACGCUGCAAGAAUUACUGGAAUACAUGCCUGGACCUGACUUUCCAACAGGAGGGAUCAUAAUGGGAAAUAACGGAAUCUUGGACGCCUAUCGAACUGGAAAAGGGCGUGUAGUAGUCAGAGGAAAGACCGAGAUCGAAAUAUCUGAUUCUAAAACAAAGAGUGCAGCAAUUGUAGUAAAAGAGAUUCCUUAUCAGACCAACAAAUCCUCUCUUGUUAUGAAAAUUGCCGAGCUAAUUCAAAACAAGACUUUGGAAGGCAUAAGUGAUAUCCGUGACGAGAGUGAUCGAUCUGGAAUGCGAAUUGUCAUUGAGCUUAAAAGGGGGUCUGAUCCGGCCAUUGUUCUGAAUAAUCUAUAUCGUUUCACUGCUCUACAGUCAAGUUUUAGCUGCAACAUGGUUGGUAUUAUUGAUGGACAACCUAAACAGAUGGGCUUAAAGGAAUUGCUUCAGGCUUUCUUGGAUUUUAGAUGUUCAGUGGUCGAAAGACGAGCAAGGUUUAAGCUUGCACAUGCACGAGACAGAAAUCAUAUUGUCGAGGGUAUUAUAAUAGGGCUUGAUAAUAUCGAUGGUGUAAUUGACGUAAUUAGAAAAUCUUCAAGCAACUCAGUGGCAUCAACAGAGCUAAGGAAAAAGUUCCAUUUAUCUGAAAAGCAAGCUGAAGCGAUUUUAGAUAUGAACCUAAGGAGACUUACAUUGCUUGAGAGAAGCAAGUAUAUUAGUGAAGGAAAAUCGUUAAUGGAACAGAUUUCGAACUUGGAGGAACUUCUAUCAAGCAGAAAGCAAAUAUUGCAGUUAAUUGAACAAGAAGCAAGUGAGAUAAAGAACAAGUUUUCAACUCCAAGGCGCUCGACUUUAGAGGAUGCUGACAAUGGCUUGCUUGAUGAAAUGGAUGUUAUCCCCAAUGAAGAAAUGUUGCUGGCACUUAGUGAAAAAGGUUAUGUUAAAAGGAUGAAACCCGACACCUUUAAUCUACAAAACCGUGGAACUAUCGGUAAGUCGGUUGGAAAAUUAAGAGUCAACGACACAAUGUCUGACUUUCUCGUCUGUCGUGCCCAUGAUCGUCUUCUCUAUUUCAGUGAUAAGGGUAUUGUGUAUUCUGCACCUGCGUACAAAAUUCCGGAAUGUUCUCGUGCAGCUGCAGGUACACCUCUGAUACAGAUUUUGUCCUUAUCCGACGGUGAAAGAAUUACUUCUAUAAUUCCCGUUAGUGAAUUUGCUGAAGACCAAUAUCUUCUAAUGCUUACUGCAAACGGCUACAUCAAAAAAGUAUCGUUAAUGUACUUUUCACACAUUAGGUCAUCCGGGAUUAUAGCACUUCAACUGGUUUCUGGUGAUUCACUUAAAUGGGUACGUCGGUGCACAAAUGAAGACUAUGUUGCAAUGGCUUCACAAAAUGGAUUGGUUAUUCUUAGUUCUUGUGAGAUUAUCCGAGCACUUGGAAGAAAUACUCGAGGUUCGGUUGCUAUGAGAUUGAAAGAAGGGGAUAGAAUGGCGUGUGUUGAUAUUAUACCUGCAGUAAAGCAGGAUGGUAUAGAGCACGUCCCUGGACCUGACCACACCCAUAAGCGGCCACAUGGACCAUGGCUGUUGUUUGUGUCUGAAAAUGGUUUUGGAAAGCGAGUUCCUCUCAGCCGCUUUCGCCAGUCUCCUUUGAAUAGGGUUGGUUUAAUAGGUUACAAGUUUUCCUCGGAAGAUCGUCUGGCUGCUGUUUUUGUAGUUGGUUUUACUACAGCAGAUGAUGGUGAAAGUGAUGAACAAGUUGUUCUUGUAAGCCAGAGCGGUACAGUGAACCGAAUAAAAGUCAGGGAUAUACCUGUACAGUCACGCUAUGCAAGGGGAGUGAUAUUGAUGAGGCUUGAGCAUGCUGGGAAGAUUCAAUCAGCUUCUUUGAUUUCUGCUUCGGAAACAGAGAUUGAGGAAGUUGAAGCUGUGGCUGUGUAGGGUUUUAAAUCGAGUUAACCGUGGUUCAUGAUCAUGUGAAGAUAUGGUUAAAUUCGUUUAUUAAUCUCAGACUUAAACGGUUAACAAUGCACGAGGUACAUAUGGCCAACCUGAUUGAGCAUUUGGCAUUUUGGCAACAUGAAACUUCUGUAAAUGUCCUGCAAGAGUCUGGCUCUUUUUCUGUUCUCUUUUGUAGCACUGAUAGUAUAUAGUAUGCACGUAGUGUUUCUUGACUCUUGGUUCAAGCAUGGAAGUGUUUUUUGUAUAACUAAAUUCAAGUCGUGUGAUCACAUUGUCGGUUGCGUCUAUUAAAUGUGUUUUAAGAGGUGACGAUUUUGAGUCAUUUAUCGAA